GGGUAUCAAUAAUUUUCCCGGGCUCCCUGAUCCCAACUUGCGCUUGCGACCCCAAAGACGAUAACAUCCGUCGCCGGUCAGAUUAAGAGGCCUCGUCUUCUCCUCCCUCGUGAUCUCCGUCUCACCCCGACACCAAGAGCAAAAAAAAAAGAAAAAGAAAGAAGGGAUGCCCUAGUUUCGAUCCAAUGCCUCUCAUUCUCAUCUGAAUUUAAUCGAAAAGCAUCCAAUUUCAAAGAAAAUUGCAGUUGAAUCCAUGUCAAUUGCAUUCGCUCAGAGCCUACCGACGAUUCCUCGUCCCCAAAAUCUCUACUCGUUUCCAGUCCCCAGAAACCGACUGCAGAUUCUUACUUUCUCUGAUUCCCCUCUUUCAGAUGCGCGGAGAGUUCGUGCUCGCUGAGCACCGCUCUUCUCGUCGGAUUCGAGGCCUUUUCAUCUGGUCAAAGCAUUGACGGGAGUCAACACAGAGAGGCUUCCAGCGAAUUGAGCUUGGACUCGAUCCUUUCGAUGACCGAGAUACUGUUCAUUAUCCCGCCAGCUGUCUACUCGAUUGGGUGUAUUGUUGGGUUCUUGAUUCCUGGUGCAGUGAAAAGCUUGCAGUCGAGCUCGGGCAACAGGAUACUUGUUUGUCAGUUGCUGAUGUUGGUGGGCUCGGUGGCGAUUGGGAGUUUGAUUCGCCGGAGGCAAUGGGGGAGGAUUUGUAGGAAGGCUGAGACUGGAGUGGGUGUUGAUUUGGUUGCGAGGAUUGAGAAGGUGGAGGAGGAGCUGAGGAGCUCGGUUACCAUUGUUCGGGUCCUCUCGAGGCAGCUCGAGAAGCUUGGAAUUAGGUUUAGGGUUACUAGGAAGGCUUUGAAAGAGCCCAUUACUGAGGCUGCGGCUUUGGCGCGGAAGAACUCAGAGGCUACUCGUGCUCUAGCAUUGCAAGAAGACAUUCUUGAAAAGGAGCUUGGUGAAAUUCAGAAGGUCUUAUUGGCAAUGCAGGAACAACAGCAGAAGCAGCUGGAGUUGAUCCUUGCAAUUGGGAAAGCAGGCAGACUGUUUGAAAGCAAGCGGGAUACUUCUUCUACAGCAGAGCAAGGUACAGUUAACAGCCAUAAUCCUCCAAUUAUUGAUAAGAAAACGAGCAAGCAACUGGAAAUCCAAACGGGAACCUAGGCAGAGCCAAUGACGACGAUAGACGAUAGAUCUUUGAGAUGCUCUCGAUCUUCACUCUUAAUUUAAAAGGUCCCCAUCUCAGCCAUUUAGAUACGGGGUUGGAUUCGGUAUGGUACAUUAUGGAGAUGUCGCAGAGAGUACUUAUACGUGGAUGCUUAGUCUGCAAAUAUAAUCUUUGGAGAGAUUUAAUGGAGGCGGUGUAGCUGUUAAGGAGCCUUGAUUACUUGGUUCUACCUGUAAUGAACUAUCCAAUAUAGAGGUAAAAGGGCAUGAUUUCUCUACGAGGCAGUUUUCUGCCUUUUUAUCUAAAGAUGUCAGUUCUAUUUGCCAGCGAUUCGUUCCAGAGUUGGAAGUAAGCUAAGGAAACAAACAUGUGUAAGGAAUGAACACUUGAAGAGAGUUUAUUUCCUGUUCUCUGUUGAUUAGUUUGCUUGUCAAGUUUUCUGUGCAAGUAAUAUUGUUUUCAGGAGACUGCAGGAAUGAUGAUGGUCUCCUUUCUGAAAUUGGUGAAAUCGUUUUUCUCAA